GUGAGUGGAGCGGAGGCCGGGUGUCUCGUAGUGUGGUGUUGCCGGAAGUAUGGUGGCUGUGUGAAGUGAGGGGCAGCGGCAUGGCGGGGUCUGCAGGCCGGACCGGGGAUGUGAUCCAUCUCAAUGUUGGGGGGAAGAGGUUUAGCACUUCAAGACAGACACUUACCUGGGCUUCUGACACCUUCUUUUCCAGCUUGCUUAGUGGCCGAAUCUCCUCCUUAAAGGAUGAAACUGGAGCAAUUUUUAUUGAUAGAGACCCUACAGUGUUCGCUCCUAUACUGAAUUUUCUACGCACCAAAGAGCUUGAUACCAGAGGUGUGAACAUCUCCCUUCUGUUACAUGAGGCUGAGUUUUAUGGCAUCACUCCUCUAGUGAGACGCUUGCAGCUGUGCGAGGAGUUGGAGCGCUCUUCAUGCGGCAGCGUGCUGUUUAAUGGAUACCUCCCACCCCCUGUGUUUCCAGCAAAGAAAAGGAACCGUCACAGUGUUUCUGGACUGCAGGUCAGCUCUAGAGGUGGAGGAAGUGAGCGGGCUCCUGUACGAAGGAGUAACACCAUGCCCCCCAACUUGGGGGGUGCUGGUAUCCUGGGGCGCUUGUUAGAAGAGAGGAAUUAUGGCAAUGCAGGAGGAACACCCAGUGACCCCGGGAUGGUGAGGAUCAUCUGUGGACAUCAUAACUGGAUUGCAGUGGCUUUUGCUCAAUUCAUUGUCUGUUACAGAAUGAAGGAGACCUCUGGCUGGCAGCUGAUUUUCACAAGCCCCUGUCUCGACUGGGUGAUUGAACGGGUGGCCCUUAAUGCCAAGACUGUCGGAGGAUCACUGGGUGACCAUGAUAAGAUGCUGGCUGUCUCCUCCUGCACUGAGAUUAUUCUGUGGGCCAUCUCAGGUGAUGGCACUGCAAGUGAAAUAGGAGUCUUCACCCUUGGAGUGCCAGCGGAAGCUUUGUUUUUUGUGGGCAAUCAGUUAAUAGCCACAAGCCACACUGGAAAAAUUGGUGUGUGGAAUGCUGUUACCAAACACUGGCAGAUCCAAGAUGUAGUUCCGAUCAACAGUUAUGAUACAGCUGGCUCCUUCCUGCUGCUGGGUUGUAACAAUGGAUCCGUCUACUAUGUAGAUGUCCAGAAAUUUCCUCUGCGAAUGAAGGAUAAUGACUUGCUAGUUACGGAGCUUUACAGAGAUCCAUCUGAAGAUGCUAUCACUGCACUUAGUGUCUACCUCACACCCAAAACAAGUGACAGUGGUAACUGGAUUGAGAUCGCCUAUGGAACAAGUUCUGGUAUUGUAAGGGUUAUUGUUCAGCAUCCAGAGACUGUUGGGUCUGGUCCUCAACUUUUCCAGACAUUCACUGUUCACCGCAGCCCUGUGACCAAAAUAAUGCUGUCAGAAAGACACCUGAUCUCAGUAUGUGCAGAUAACAACCAUGUGCGUACCUGGACUGUCACUCGCUUCCGUGGUAUGAUCUCCACCCAGCCUGGAUCCACUCCUUUAGCAUCAUUUAAGAUCCUCGCUCUAGAAGAUAUUGAUGGGCAUGCUGGCUGCAGUGCUGGGAAUGAUAUUGGCCCCUUUGGAGAGAGAGAUGAUCAACAGGUCUUCAUCCAGAGAGUGGUUCCCGACUCUAACAUUGUCUAUGUCCGCUUAUCUUCUACUGGGAAGAGGAUCUGUGAGGUCCGCUCUGUGGAUGGAAGCCCCAUUACCUCAUUUACUGUUCAUGAGUGUGAAGGAUCCAGCCGUAUAGGCUCCCGAGCACGGCGCUACCUCUUCACUGGCCAUGCCAGUGGCUGUCUUCAAAUGUGGGAUUUAACUACUGCUAUGGAGGUGGUAAACAAAGGGGAGUCGGGAGCAGAACAAGGGGGUCUCACUCAGGCAGAGCUGCUGGAACAGCUGGAGCAGUGUGACCUGGCUCUCACCCGCACCCCUGAAAUAAGCCCUGCCACAUCCUUCAACCACAGUGCCAACUCUCGCGCAUCACUAGCCAGCUUGCAGUCUCAGCUGGGUGACAACAUGAGAGAUCGAUUCUCCAGACUUAUGAUAACCUCCUCUCAGCGCCCCGCCGCGUCUACUCGCCCCACAGAAGGCUGGGCCUCAAUGUGCAGCUUGCAGCCACACAUAUCUGGGAGUUUCAGCUCUUUGAACAAGUCGGACUCUCUCCCUCGCUCCAGCAUGAGAUCUAGUAAACCACAGAGCUGCCAGUUAAGGGCAGAAGGCCAAGCGUUUUCUACAGUUUCUGAUCCACCAUCACCCCGCGCCAGUGGCAGCUUUGUGGAGCGCUGCCAAGAGCUUGCUCGUAAUACAGAAUCGCACCAGUCAGACACACGACGUUCCAGCAUGGAAGUGGCCGCCACCAGGAUGAAAUCGCCUCGAUCCUCUGCUCCAGUUAGGCGGCCAGUUUCACCUGCCCCUCCUCCACCCCCACCACUUUGUGUAGCACCGUCAUCGCCGCCUUUACCUUCUGCAGCAGACACCUCCUCAUCUUCACCAUCUCCUCCAAAAGUUCCACAGAAGCCUAGACUAAACGAGACCUCAUUUUGACAGCGGCUGUAAAGCAGAAGAUUACUCUGAAUAAUAGGCUGGAGGAAGGUUGGCACAGGCGUAGACAUUUUAACCCCGAUCUUACAAAGAGUAUUCCUACCCAUUUCUGACUUGCAUGCUUAUUAACUCCUUGGCGCGGGCUGAAUAUUUGUGUGUGUAAAUGCAGCUGUGCCAAGCACGCGUACGCUCCCAGCGGCUAACGAAAAGCUGUCAAACUUGCGAUAAUAUGACAGCCAAUCAUGGCUGUCACAUGAUCAUAAACCCUGCCCCGCCUCCUGGCAUACUAAACCCUUAAAAGGCCAGGAGAUGCCGGCGCCAAGAGGUUAAAGCUCAACUGCAGCCAAACCCUUUUUCUCUUUCGUUCAUGGACGGACACAGCGUUUUAUUCUUGACAUUAGGGUAUUUGCCUUUGAUCAGGAGAGGACUAGGCAGAAAAGCAUGUUAAGUAUUAAACAUACAUCAAAACUGUACAGUACCACCCUGGGGGGCGGUCCCACUAGGUACAACCCCUCUCCCUGCAUCAUGCAGCUCAGUUCGUCAAAAAGCAGUACAAACCUUUAAAAGGAGGGGU